AUGGCACCUGCCGGUUUGGUUUUUGCCUGCUUACUGUUCACCAUGAGGAUGGUCACCUCAACAGUGUACCUGCAGCCGGAGGAGGAGGGUAAGCUCACAUCAUACAUGACACAAAUGAAGGGUCAAAGGUCAAAUUAACUGUUUUUUUUAACCCUCAUUACAAAGUGAUUUAACAUAUUGACGAGUAUUGAUCUUGGAUAGAUUUUUCUGGCCUUUAGGGGCUUUAAGAUGUGAAAACAGGCCGUCAUCCUUUAUCCUGAUAGAUACGAGCUGGACAGUUUGGUACAGAGCAGUUAACAGUCUUGGAAAAAUUCAUUAAAAUACUUGACUUGAGGAAAAGCAGCAGAAAUAAAGAAAAAUCAAGACAUUCAAAGUCUUGCUACUAAGUUUUUAAUUUAUUUAGCACCUUUCUUCCAUGAAAGCGCGCAGCUGUAAAUGCAUUGUUACAAAAGGAAGAUUAAAAAAAAAGGAACUGACAACAAGAGUUAGAAAGAUAAAAGAUUAAAAUAAUACAAACUAUAGAAUUAAAUUGAAUAAUCAAAUAUCAACACAAUAAAACAAUAAAAUGAAAAGAAAUCAGCCAAAUCAGCUUAAAUCAGUCAAAGUUGGAUAAAGCAAAAAUGAAUUGGUGAGUAAAACCAUUCUGAAAAUCAAUACGACCUUUCAUCCAAACCUUGAAACUACUCUGAUUAAAAAGCCAAAUUAAAAUCUCAAGUUUCAUAUUAAAAACACAAAACUUUCAAUAUGAAAUAUUCAGGUGUUUCAAGAGUUUACAGAAAGUUAUUGACAAACGUUUUCUUUCCUGUGUAAUUUUAAAAAAGAGCAUUAUGUAGUUACAGUUGUCUUAUAGGAAGCUGAUUUUAAUUGUUUUAUAUCAAUAUCAUAUUUCUAAUGUAGUUAAAACUGCAAAAAAAGAAAAAUCAUUCAGAAUUAUAUAAAAAUUUUUAUCUUGAAUCAUUCUAAUAAUUUAGUUUUAUGUCCAUUUAAGUAAAAGUGUGCAAAAGUGCAAAUGAAUAGUUGGUACUUCUACAAACGCACAACAAUCCCAUAAGUGCUCCUUUAAUUCUUAGUGAUUUUAAAUUGCAUCCAAACUCAUGAACAGUCUUUUAGAGUUUUUUUCUGUAAAUGAAAAGAAAUAUCUCUAUCUGACGUCUAAAUUUAUGACUUCUUGAUUUACAGCUCAAAAAAAAAAACCUUCAGAACCUCUUAAUAUUUUUUUCUUGUACAAAUUGUUUUUUGUCGUAGGAUUAAAUCCGCCUUUCUCAUCUUUUUCCCAGAGCUCAAUGAAACUGUCAUCUGUACUAAUGACCACAUGGAGGUUGUCAUUCCCAGCGCUUUUUUCCUCAACAAAGAGCCUCCAGUUCAUGUAAGAGAGCGCCAGGAAAACCCACAAGUACUUUCUGUAGAGGUUGAUGUUUCUCAGCACAGAUAUCCAAAUUAUUAGCUGCACAUUUUCCCAUCUAAAGUAUUUAUUUUGUGUGUGUGUCCUUCAUGUUUAGGUUUGGGAUUUGCAUUUAAAUGAUCCGGAGUGUCGUGGUGAAGAAGUUGGAGACGAUUAUGUUUUCAGCAUAAAGACGAAUCUUUCUGACUGUGGAACAAUUAUGGUAAAAACCUAAUCUCUUAAAAAUUUGCACUUAAGUUUGUUCUGUUUUUAUUUGAGGCAUGAAUCAAAGAGGUUAAAUGUUGCACAUGCACUUAAACAUUAGAUCCCAAUCAUAAUAAAUUACUCAUUUUACAACGCCUGUGCUCGCUCAAGGAUCAGGCCCCCCGAUCAGGCUGCAGACUCCUUACAUAAAAGUUAAAAUAACCUCCUUUUGGACACUUUUCUCCCCUGCUGUGACGUAAACGCAGACAGUGACCCUCUGUGUGCAGAUCCACACCAUUGAAUUAGCUCAUAGCAAGUAUAAUAAGGCAGACGGAGAAAGGCACAAACUCCAGGCGUGGGCAGAAAAGGCUGAAGAGAAAAGAAAAGAGGAGGGGGUUGUGUGUAUGUCAAGAAAGAAGGGCAGCGUUGUUCCUCUCCCUUAAACAGCGCAGGGUCUUAUUCAAAGCAGCGAAAGGACCCUGAAUGCUAUUGUAGUUCUAAAUUAUCAGGAUUUACAUGGAAAUGAUGAUUAUUUGUUGGGGAUCAGUGAAUAGGAAGGCCAUCAAUCAUUCAUCAGUUCAGUCCAGCCUCUCUUGUGAGCUCAGACUUUGGCACGGUUUAAAUCCCUACUUCAGCCCGCAAGUGUCAUUUAAUUGUUUUCUUGGAAUGGUGCAGGUUGUUCUCGUAAAGAACAUUAAAAGGUUAACGCAGCUUUCAGCCGAGAGGAAAUCUCCCUCAGCAGUUUUACGAGACUUUGUGAGGAAAGUAGGUUCGCUCUGGAUAAGACGUCUGUUGCUAAAGGAGAAGAAUGCCAGAGCUCCCGAUCUUUGUUUUCACCUUGACCUUAAACCUGCCGUCAGAGAAGAAGAGAGACCGUUGCGUUGUUGGGGUCUAAAGGUCAGUGUUUCUCAUUGAAACAUGACAGCGCCCUCCUCUGACACAUCUCACAAAAGUUUGCUGAAUUUGUGAGUCAGGGAGUCCUCAUGUAACACGGUUAUAAGUUCAAAUGCCUGUGGUUCAGAUGUGAAUUAAUGAAGACCUGUUGCUUUGGUGGAGAGACCUGUUAAGGGUGCCUAUUGCAGGCCAGAUGGAGGUGUUUACCAAGAGGUUGUAAAGUGUUGGAGUCAAAGGCCUUUCUCCAUCUGCUCUCAGCAGGAGCCCAGACAAACCUCAAAUGUAACCUUUUCACUCAUUCUUAGUUUUAUGGUUUCAAGUGCAUAAGCUGUCAGAUGAGGGUUACAUAAGGAGCCUGACUUUAGUUAUUUUUUUAACUUGAUUUUUCUAUGUAAAAACCUGACAAAAACUCAUCCUACUCUCCUUUAAAGGUCAAAUGUAUCACUCUGUACGAAUCUUUGCUGUGAAAAUCAGCUGAUCAGAGUUGGUUUGGGGUUUCAGAUAUUAAAAAAUCACCAUGUAAAUAGCCAAUAUUCAGAUCAAUAGUCUUGUUUGACUUUUUGUAGGUCAUACAGAGGCUACAAUAUGAAAUAUACAACCAGCUAAAACCCCUUACAUGAGCUUUAAUUAAUGAUAAAAUUAAAGUGCUGUUUUAUUAGGAUUAAAGCCCCUCUCAGGAAUUUUUAACUGAUCAAAAAGCCAUCUGGAGUUCUUAUUAAUACCUCUAUAUGACAUAAAAACAAACAAGAUUUUAUCAUGAAGGUUAUUUUUUUCCUUUGCUGUAACUUUUAUAAGUUAUUGAAAAGUUCUGAAAGUUUCUCACAGGAGCUUUAAUUAAUAAUAAAAUUAAAGUGCUUUUUUAUUGGGAUUAAAGCCCCUCUCAGGAAUUUCUAACUGAUCAAAAAAACUGCCUAAAAUUAAUUUUGAUGCCUUUAUAUGACCUAAAAAACAAGAUUUAAGCAUGAAGGUUAUUUUUUUCCUUUGCUGCUACUUUUAUAAGUUAUAGAAAGUUCUGAAAGUUUCUCACAGGAGCUUUAAGAAGUGUUUUUAAGCAGAAUCUUGUGGAUGUUGGAAUUUAUCACCAGAGAUCUACUUAAUAAUAAGUGGGAUCAAAUGAAUGUAUAUUACAGGCUACAAUAAAACUUAAUACAACUUACUAUGAGAAUCUCCUUAUGGGACCAAAAGUGUGGGAAGAAAAUGUUGUGUAUUGUCAUGAUGGAAUUUUUUAAAUGGCCAAGAGGGACCUGAGUGUGGUUCAAGGUCAGUAGGUUAUGAGAAAUGUUGAGCUGCUGAGGGUUUAUGGAGAAAAUUAGAGGAGAUGACUCCGACUACAUCCUGACUGGACUUUCACUGUCGGUCUUCUUCAAGUAAGACGAUUCUUACUUGAUAAUGUUAAUCUUAUUAUCCUCUAAAAUGUCUCUCUCUUCUCGUCUCCACAGGCCUCAGAUGACACUCACAUUAUGUUCAUUAACACCAUACAUAAUAACGAUACAGAAAUCAUCACAAGAAACUACAUCAACAUCACAUUCGUGUGCCGUUACCCUAACAACUACCUUGUCCAGCAGCCAAACGGUGAAAACAUGAUCAGGGUUGAUGUGAGGUGAGUGUUUAUUUUAUGUCUAAUCUUGCUUGUUCAGUAGAAAUACUUGUUUCUAAACUGUUGAUUCGGCUCCUUCGUCUCUCUGCAGGACUAUCACUCUGAACACAGAGGAUGGGAACUUUUCUGUGUCCAUGCUGCUGUACAAAGAUGAAGCUUUUCAGGACAAAUGGACCACUGUGCCAUCGCUGACGCUGGAUGAUAGCAUCUUUGUAAAAGUUUUCAUGGUAAAAAUACCCAGUAAAUUGUUAUUUUUAAACAAAAGGGGAUUACAGAUUAAGCCUCCAUACCUUGUCCUCACAUUGACCUGAAGACUGUGUAUAAAUCAAGGCUUACACUGGGUCACGGCUGUGUUAUCCGAGCUCUGACAACACACUGAAGAGAGAGAUUCGAGUAAUUGGCAGCUGUUUUUGGAGCAGGUUAGCGUGUUGUUACUUGAUGUUAAGCAAUAUGUUGUGGCGGAGAUUACUCCUGAGCAAUGCUGUAAAUCUGACUCUCCUCCCAUGACCGGCUGGUAAUUUGAGUGCAGCUCCUUUUCUCCUGCAUGUUGUUGUAACCUCUCGGUCCAGCUGUUGUUUACCAACCAUGAAUCAUCAUUUUGUGAACCAGUAUGGAGCAACGUAGUGUGAGAAAAAUACUGGGCUGUAACCCAAUCCUGUCUGCCCCACAGAUACCGGCUCACCUGAUGCUGCGCAUGGAGAGAUGCUGGGCAACUCCAACCAGUGAUCCAUACAGCAAUAUUCAGUACACCUUCAUCAGAGACAGGUCUGAUAACAAUAAGAAUGGUUUAAUUGUUGUUUGAUAAAUGAUUAAAACAGUAGAUAAAAAGUUUGCUCAUUCGAGCGUUUCUUAGGCGCUUGUACCCUAUGACACAGUUGCCUGAUGUUGUAAAUGCAGACAAGUCAAUGCAGACUGAUCACAGGGCUUGUGGUCUGUGUCAGUGUGUAUCAGGCUACAUACUGUAUAUAGGCUCCUGCAUAGGUGCAAAGCUGCGCCAACAUACAGAGUAAGCUGCGGCCUAGAUUAGACACAGAAGUAUAACUCAGGCUCAAGAAUAGUCUUAACUUUUCUCCGCCUUAUAGCACCUCUGAUUGUUGGCACAUUCAGCAUCUUUGAUACUGACAGCAAAGUCAUGAUUAAAAAAAAACUAUUUCUUCUUUAAAAUAAUCUAUUAUGUAAAACAGAACAGUUUAAAUACCUUUUUUAAAUCCAGUAUGGGAGGGCCAUGGCCAGUAAGCAGAGAUUAAGUAGUAAAUCUUCAAACUUACAAAACCCCUCUGUCUCUUUGCCAUCUGGCUCAUGUGAGACCAAAUAUCUGGGUUAGGAUUUUCAUGGAUGGCAUGUUGAAACCUUGUUAUUGGAAAUUAGCUCUGUUAUUUCAUCACACAAACAGCUUCAAGUCCUCUUCCAUGAGAGCUGUUGAAAUCUGAAAUAAGAGAAUUUGUUGCUUAGAGAGCUGGCAAGACAACAACUCCCAUAGCCCGGUCAUGUGACUCCUGUCUGGGGGGCCAUGUGCGUUUGUCAGUUCAACAGCUGUGUGCAUGUCCUUGACAACCAGGCAGUAUUUGGUGCAGUUAGCAACAGCAGAGCAGCGAAAUGUGCAAUGAUUUCAGUGCCAGAGGGAAAAGAAAACACUGGAAUAAAUCUGUCUCGAACAGAUAGAAUCAUUUUAAAGGUGUUCACAUUAUCUUUUUAGCUAUGAACUUGGAAUACACCCCUUUUUUCCUGUUUUCAGAGUAAUAUUUCUCUGCUAUCAGGCCUUUCUGACUUCUUUGUCCUCUUCCUGUAGCUGCCCGGUGUUGUCAAAUGAACAGACCUUGAGUGUGCUGAAGAACGGACAGGGUCCAGAGGCCAUGUUCAGGAUACAAAUGUUCAAAUUCGUUGGCAGCUCGUACACCAACGUCUUUCUCCACUGCAACGUCCAGAUCUGCCACAACACCGCGGGGCUGUGCCAACCUGUGAGUGAGCUCAUGCAACACCCAUUCCUCAAAGUUAUAGUCAGAGGCCAGUUCAGACAUGUAGUCUAGUUUAUGUGGGGCUGAGACCCAUCAGCCUUAAAUUACUUUUCAGCCUUCUUAGCUUGUUCUGAUUUUAAAAGGGGGGUGUUUGACAUCAAGGUUAACAGCAUCAUUCAUUCAUUCAUGUGUCAUUCCUUUAUCUGUCACUCAGAACUGUUCGAGUGAUGAUGGAUUAACGAGGACACGCAGAGACAUCCCUCUCUCACAUACAGUGUCUUACGGACCAAUCAGACGACUACUAAACGAUAAAGAAAAGCCCAAUCUGAGUAUGUUUUCACCUUCACUAAAACUCCUUGAUCUUUGAGAUUUGGCUAAUAAAUAUUCAAAGCUUAAAGUGUAUUGGAUUCAAAUGCAAAACGGGCUUCUGUCUGUCCUUUUCACUGCAGCUGCAGGCGGAGUCCCACCUGUGGAGACCUUUGUCCUGGGGGCACUGCUGCUGGUCUUGCUGCUGGUCACAGGAGUGUUAGGGAGACUGUGGCUUCGAUCCAGACGUUUUUACCCGGCACAGGAAGCACAGCUCACUCUGUCCAACAUUCACCACAUAUCAGAGGUGGCCUCAUGA